CCCCGUGGGAACGGUGGCCGGGCCGACGUCACUGUCACCGAGCCCUUCAAAUAGCGGUGCCUGCCCUGCCGGCCACUGCCACCACCGGCACCGGCACUGCCACCUCCGGAUCCCGCCCAGCCCCCGGCCAUGGCACCCCGCGGGUCGCUGCUGCUGCUGGCGCUGCUGCUGCUGAGCUGCGCCCUGCCCCAUGCCCGCGGCCAGCACUGGUCCCACGGGUGGUACCCGGGGGGCAAGCGGGACCUGCGGACCCCCAGCGACCUCCAGGUCCCGUCCCCUUUGGGGCGCUGCCGUCCCCUCCCGUGUCCCCCCCGGCGGGAGGAGCCGCUGCCGCCCCCCGCUCUGCGCCCUUGACCGGAGGCACCGAACCCCGCGGGAGCGAACCGGGACCCCCCUGUGGGGAAUAAAGGGGCUGGGGGGGAUCUGUGA